AUGGCGCAGUGCCCCAUGAUGUCCUUGCUCGCUGGCUUGCCCACGACCGGCUGGACAUACAUCAAGGGCGUCGGCCGCCUUCUCGACGCGCUGGACCUAGCCGACGUCGCCUCCGCCGCCGCGGAGCCGCCGGUGACUGACAACGUCCGCCGGGAGGAGAAGUUCUUCGUCGAGACGGCGGCGAGUUUCGGCAUCGAGGUGAAUCUGCCGGCCUCCCGCGCCGGCGUUGUUGAGCGAGACGAAAAGCUUGACGGCCUAAAGCGCUUCGAGAGGCUGUUCCGUCGGCUGAGCAAGGGCCCCCAGCCGCUCGGCUGGCUGGAGGGCGCGGUCUUGUUGAGGAGGGAGUUCAUCACAAAUUGGAGCAGCGAUGAGUUCAGUCUUUGCAGACGAGCUAGGAGCCAUCAUCGACCGGGGAUAUGA